AUGUUGCAACUCCUAGAAAGCCUUUUCCAGCUGCUCACUGAAGAGGAGCUAGAGGAGUUUACAGUAGUGGCAAGGAAGUUAUGGCUUAGAAGGAAUGCAUUCAUCUUCAACCAAGAGUUCUGGCCGCCAUACAAGAUCAUCAGGGAAGUGAAAGAGAGAAUUCAAUGGGACCAGGAAGAACAGGGAAGGGCAAGUCAGCAGGUCCACAUGCAUGGAAGGACAACUUCUUCUAAAACUGAGUGGAGGCCACCACCUCAGGAUUGGUUUAAAGUAAAUUGGGAUGGAGCUGUGAACAAAGUAAAGGGUUUUGUUGGGGUGGGGGUGGUAGUAAGGGACUGUCAAGGCAUGGUUGUAGCAACACUGAGGCAAAGAAAACCUCUAAUCCCAGAUCCUUUUCUGACCGAAUCAUAUGGGGCUCUAAAGGUUGUUCAGUUUGCAAGGGAACUGGGACUGUCAAAGGUGGUGCUGGAAGGUGACUCACUCCAAGCCAUACAAGCUUUGCAGGGGGACCAAGAGGUGCGGUGCAGUUCUAGCAUAUUCCUUUUCGAAGCUAACUUAGGACUUGUAAAGUUUGCAAGGUGGGAAGUCUCUCAUAUUAGGAGAGAUGGUAAUGUUGUAGCUCACAUUCUUGCAAAGAAUGCUCUUUCUAUUUUAGAUUGUAUCAUCACCAUGGAGGAAUACCUUACGUGUAUUUCUAGUUUAUUGAAAUGA